CAUGCAUCUACUGAGUAAAUACGACUCUUGCACAUACACGCAAGGGAAAAACAUACCAUUUAAAGUUGUUUCCCGGGAUAACUUGAGUGGAUGCAAAGCUGCCAACAAACAGUGCAACUUUCCAGCUACACACCGGAAGUUAGCGAAAAAGAUGCGUUCACGAGUGACGAUCACGAUCUCGAACCCUCUUCUUCAAUCGACCACAAAUGCAAUAUUAUCGAUCGUCUUCGUGGCGUCUGUCGAGGACUAUCGCGGAUGGCGUAACGUCCUGUGUUUGUUGAGCCUUUAUUCAGUCGUCAAGGUAAGGCGAUCGUUGUUUUGUGGACGUCCACAACAAACUAUUCAACAAGUGGUAGUUUCUCCCAGCAGAGACAAGACAACCAAUGAGGAUCCAGAAAUGGCCGUGACGUAACCACAUGAGCCAAUCGUAUAAGGAGGUAGGCGGGUAAUAGGUUGGUCCGCCAAUCGUUGUGGAGCUCCGCCGUCUCCGUGGCAACCACAUAAACGACGCAUGCGUAGUGAGUGAUCGCUGGAGCUGGGGAAACGGUCAAUGGAUGUGUAACAUAAAUAAGGCAAUGACUGGAAGUACAAUAAUAAACCAGCGGCAGCAUGUUGGAUUGCAGAAGCUGUUGGCACUGGCGGCUACUGCACAUUCCUCAUUGGGACCCAGCAAGAAGCUCAAGUUCAUCCAGGACGACGUGAGCGGUGAGUCCAUCCUUGUCGGCUCAUGUUUGCGCAUCUUGGAAAACCUGGAGCCCACCUGUGCCAUCGGCCAGCUGGUUUAUGAGACCGUCGAAGCCCACCACAAGGUUUAUGGCACGGGGUCAGGAUGCCUGCUGUUCCUGGCGGGAGCGUGGGGUCGUGCAGCCCUGGUGUGCCUGCAGAGAGGGGUUUCGCUGCCUCACAUCGUUGCAGCUUUGACGGAGGGCAUGGAUGUGUGUGUCGAUGUUUGCAAAAAGAGCAGCAUUUCAUUUGAGGAUCUUUGCAUGUCACCGUCAAGCCAGCCACCGCAGAAACGCAUCACAAAGGCACCGUCCAACUCACACAUGACCCCCAAAGGACAAACAGCAAGGAAAAUGAAGCUAAGUCGCCAUUUUUGCGAGACGGAUCCUGACAGUGUUUCAGUUCUGGAGCCUCACCUUCCUGACACUGCACACCUUGCAGAAGGACUGAGGCAUGGCUGCGACAAUGCCAUGGAUCUAGUUAUCCAAGCCAGUUGUAUGCAGCUGAAAAAUACCCCAAAGGACACGCAUUUUGCCUUUGACGUUAGCAAAGUGCUGACUUGUGUGCUGCCGGGCUUCUCAGAAGACCAUGCUCAUGUUUCUCCAGGCUGCGUUGUUCUUCUCAACGCUGACCAGUCUUUGGUUGCACACCAGCUACAGGACACGCUGCUGAAUGCGGCUCUUAUAUGCGGAGAUCUAUCAUACGCUUACCGCCAUCUUGGCUUUAACAGGCCUACAGGUCUGCAAUGUGUCGCAGACCAGCCACGUUUGUCCAGUGUAAGCAAAGAGGAAGAGUGGAUGGAAAAGGUUCUGGCACUUCUGUUGCACCUGAAAGUGGACCUGGUGCUGGUUAGUGGGCUUGUCAGCGAGGUCAUUAUUCAGCGCUGCUGUAAGAAUCGUAUACUUACAGUGGGAAAGGUUAGGGCGUCCAUUAUAAAGGAGAUGGCGAAGGCUACCGGAGCUGUUCCCGUCACAUACGCCACACAGCUAAGCAAGCACUGCAUCGGCACCGGGGUCAAGGUUGGCACAUGGAGGGAAAUUCAGAGAGACCAGAGGACAUCUGUCAAUAUUUACACCGGCGGGAACACUCAGUUGGUCACGGCCGUCAUCACCAGCUUCGUACACGGGAAGCUGCAGGUGUUGGAGGACCGCUUUUGGGCUUGUGCAUAUCGGCUCAACCACGCCCUCAAGGACAAAGCCGUGUUGCCCGGCUCUGGAGUCACUGAGAUGCUUUGUGUUUGUCACCUGCAAAAGCAAGCCAAUGUUGAGCAAAAAACAAACUCCUUCCGUGGCGUUGUGCUGCACCUCAUGGCAGACGGUUUCAUCGACUAUCUGUCCACCGUAAUGGCGAACUCUUCCGGGAUCUCGCAAGUCCAAGCCAGGACUGCAGUCAACCAACAGCUGCAAGACUUUAACGGAGAUCGUAGUGUUUCCGCAGAAUUGUCCCGACUUGUCCUGGAUUCUCGGCCCUCAGCUGGGAGGUCGGUCAAACCUGCGCAAGUCUACGACAACCUGAGCGUGAAGCAGGAAGCAUGGAGGAGAGCCUUGGACUUGGUUUUGCUGGUCUUGCAGACGGACGCCGAGGUCAUUACUGGGGUGGAUGAAAGCAGCCACGGCGCACAAGCAGAUCUAAUGUUUUUAUGAUUUGGGGAUCACAGUCUGAUGGACAAACACUUUACAUACUGUGGUCCGAGAUAGGGUUAACCUUGUACGCAAUAUACCUAAUGCUAAAAACGAUAAAUACAUUAUUUACAUUUUCAAACGGGAAUCUAGUCGAGUCUAUCAUGGUUUAUCGAUACAGUCGUCCUUUGCAAUAUCGCGGUUUGAUUAUCGCUCCCUCGCUGGAUCGUGUUUUUUCAGAAAUUAAUUCAUUAAUGGUGGCUGUUUCUUGGUAGACUUUGAUCUAUGAUUAGCCAAAACAUAUGUAAAUACAAGUGGUAUGUAGUAUUGUGGUCACUAGGCGGCAGUAGUGACACAAAACAUUGAGACAUUAGCUUACAUUACAUUACAUUAGCUUAACACUACAUGACGUCAGCCAUGGCAUGUCUCACAUGAUAGAGUGGGGAAAAAAAGUUCUCUCUCCGAUCUCGUGUGGAAGUGGUAAGUUCUUAAGUUUAGAAGAAAUGAGCUUGAGGCUAACUGGUUAGCUCGCCAGCUAGCGGCCGUCUCGAGUCCCUGCAGUAGUGUUGCAAUGUGGUGAAAAAAAUGAAUAAUAGGGGUGUAAAGGUAACUAUAGGGUUGUUAUUUCAUGUCUACAUGGCUCUAGUAAUGUUAAAAACUGUAUUUAGAAAAUCAAACAGUUUUUUUUCUAUGCUCUAAACUAGGAAAAUAUUCAAUGUAUUAACUAUCACAGUUCAUUUAUCACAGUUGGAACCAAUUAACCGCUUUAAUCAAGGGAUGACUGUAUAUUACAUAUUUGAAUAUCAUAUAUCAAUGAAAAACCACAAUAGACUCAAAUGUACACGCAAGUCAGGGGUGCAUGUGAGUUAUGGCCAUUUAUUUUGCUAUAACGAAACCGAGGACUACGUUCAACGUUCCUACAAACAAUACAUUAUUCACCACCGUGCUAAGUUCCGUCAGAGCAGUCAUGCUAUGAAAUAUGUUGAUACCUUUUACGACUCUUGUUCUAGAAUGAGAUCUUCAUAGGGCUGUCAGAAAUAAAGUGUUAUCGGCGGCAACUAAUUUAUUUAAUUGAUUACUUUAAAUGUUGUAGUGUAAUUAACGCAUGCGCACCAGUGCAAGCACGCCUCUGUUAUGAUGGCAAACGGAAGCACAGUCACACAGAGUCUGCUGCUCUUUUCUAACUUCAUUCUGACCUGAACGCAUCAACAGCAGUACAAUUCCAACACCACAUACUGUAUGUAUCUCCUACUCGCACACGUCUCUCGUACGUUCAUCCUGGGAACGACACUUCCUCAUUGUCAUUACAAGAAGGCGAGAUGCAUUCAGGAGCAGUCCGAACAUCACAAAAAAGUCCUUAUAAUGCGUGUUUGUGUGUGUGUGUGUGUGUGUGUGUGUGUGUAAGAAACGGUAAGAUAAAGAAAACCAUGAAGUUGAUAUCCUCAUCACUCAGUUCGCAACUCUUAAUUCGAUUGCACAAUUUGCUACAUUUAAAUAUUUGAACAUGCUGGAAAAUACAAUCAAUACAAGUAUUUACCUUAAAUUACGUGAUGUCUUUGAACACAACCUCCCAUUGCUCAUACUAAAGACUUAAAUUAUGAUUGAAAUGUUCUGCUACUAUUAAAGAGCAUAGGGUUUGUUUUUUUUGUGAUUUUUACAUUUGUAUGGUAUUUAUUAGCUUGAUUGACAUAUUCUGUCCAUCUGGAGCUGUUAAUACAUACAAAUAUAUAUAAUCUUGUCAUUUAUCUUUAUGUUCAUUAAAUACAGUAAAAAAAAAUGGGCAUAUUUCAGACCUAGCUGCUAAUGGUGAUUAAUCAUGAUUAAUUAAAAAACUGUGACUCUGAUUAAAGUUUUUAAUCAUUUGACAGCCCUAGUUUUUUAUAAUGUUGACUGGAAAGCAGGGAAAGUGGAUGGUCUUUCUGAUCGGGUCCAAAACCAUGACUACCAAUGUUUACCACAUGGGGGAGACAAGCGCCAGUUGAUCUUCCAACACCGUCACUGGGAAUGUUUGUUGAGAAAGCAUACUGUACAUCCAGAGUCCAAAUCCUACUCGUAGAAGUCCUUGACAUUGAAAGGCAAAGAGGCAGUAUCACUUAGUACCAAUUAACAUAACUUGUGCUGCAAGGUUUUGGUCAAGCUGUGUGUUCCUUGGUUUUUAAAUGUUGUAAAGGUUACAAGCAGGAGGCCCUCGUCACAUUUGCAGAGUGGGAACAGGUGACACCCAAGGAGAGCGCGCUGAGGUUAUAUGCUGAACCUGAUACACAGCGUAAAUCUUUACUGACUUGACGCCACCAUGGUCUACAGUGGAAGAAAUGUCUUGAUAAUCCUUCUUACUCUUGAAUAAUUGGUCACCUUGCUGGUGCUGCGUGCGCAGCUGUGCAAACGGCCAGCUCAGGGAUACUAGAAGGCCUGAAAGAGGUGGCAUCAGGCCAAGGGUCACCAGGGUACUUAUUCAAUUCACACACGCUCGUGUGGCAUGCGACACGUCAGUGCUGGUCCAUCUCUAAUUGAAGAGUUGAAAAUGGAAUUCUCAAGUCUGUUUUUAGAACUCUUUAUGUUUGCCUUUUAAAGGACAAGUACACUUUUUUUGGAAUUUUGCCCAUCAUUCACAACCCUUAUGUGAGACAUCUCUUUUCUGUGCAUUCUAAAGAUAUAAAAAGAGACAGCUCAUUACUGCAUGUCAUGGGAUACACUUAUGACCGCUAU